CAUAAUCACCGAGCUUUCAGACCUCCUGCGACUACAGGCCUCGGUGAGCAACGAUGAGGUGAACAGGGUCGUACAGCAAAUGAGGAAGGCAGACAUCGACGCGGCGAAGCCACGGGACAUAACGUUGAAUUACCAACAACGCACAACACCGCUUUCCCCGAUAGAUUUGGCCAAAUUACCAUUAUUCAAGAACAUCAGUACGGAAAUGUUGCAACGAGGCACGUAUGCGGCGUAUCUGAAAUUGAUCGAUAAUUACCACCCGAACACGGCCAUAACUGAGAACUGGACUGAGGAGCAGUACAGAGCGAUCGACGAGUUCAUGGACGAAGUGAUGCAGACGAAGGUGUUCACCAUCAUGUGGCAGUUCCUCAUUAGCAAAGGGUUGGCUUCAGAAGAUCCUGAGCAAUUUAAAGCCGACCUGAAGAGGAUGUGGUUUGCAUUUUACAGCCGUGCUCCGGGCAAAUCGAGUAGCUCUGGUUUCGAGCAUGUGUUCUGCGGUGAGUUGAGGAAUAAAAGAAAGAUCGUCGACGGCCUGCAUUACUGGGUUCGAUACUAUAUGUUGGAACACGAAGGCCAGGUCAACUAUCUCGGGUAUCUGCAGAUCGGCAAGGAAAUAGCCUCAACAAUACAUUAUAAUUGGAGGAAGUGCCGCAAAGACGUGGGCAGUUUCCUGAUCGGCACCAGCCCUGAGUUCGACUUCGCCUUGUUCACCAUGUGCUACGUAGCGAAGCCAGGAAACACCGCCUGCAAGUUCGAAAUAGACAGACAAAAGAUGGCCGUCACUUCCUACAAGUUGAACGACACUCCUCACAUCGGCACUUCGUACCCUGUUAUCCUUAAGUAGUA